ACGAGCUCCGUGUCCAUGGCGCCGUCGGCCGCCGCCGCCGCCGCCGCGGCCACCGCCUCCUCGUCGUCCUACACCUCCUCUUCGGGCUCCUCCGACUCGUCCUCUUCUUCGGAGAGCGACCGACGCCGCCGACGCCGCCACCGGAAGGAAGCGUCCUCCUCCUCCGCGCUGAAGGCGCGCAAGGACCGGAGGUCCCGCCAUAAGCGGCGCCGGAGGGAGCGGCGGCGGUCCCCGUCCGACGACGAAAGCUACAGUAGCUCAAGCUCUUACGACAGUGACCAUGAGAGCAAAUCACGCAAGCACAAGAAGAGGAGCAGAUCAAGGAAGUCCAGGGAGAGGGAGCGAAGCAAGGAUAGGCACUCUAAGCGAGACAAGAGCAAACAUAAAGAGAAGAAAGAUAGUGAGCGUACUAGCGGCCCCGUGCAGCUUUCCAAGUUUCUUGGACGUGACAAGGAAGAAGGUGUUCAGAGGAGUGCAAUCUCUGGUAAAAAGAUAAUGAUGAAGCUCGAGAAGUCCAAGGAAGACAAACAGGCAGAGAGCAAGCGCAAUGAACUGUUGAAAUUCCUGAAUGCCAGUUAUGAUUGACAAGUUGUUGGAAGUGUUGUCAUUGGCUGUGUUUUGGAUUUGUCUUGAUACUACCGCUUAGUUUUUUAUAAGCUUUGUUACAUGUUUUUGCUAGUUAUGGCAUGACUAUCUGUGUCGUUGCCAGUACUUAGAUAGUUAUGGCAUCACUUUUAUCACUUAAAAACAGUUACUUUUGAGCCUGGUUUUAAUGCUUUUUGAACUUUCAUGUUACUAGCAUAUGCAUUUUAAAUGUUUGCUGAAAAUACAAUGAGUAGUGUAGUAAGACAAGGUGUUCGUUCUUGUGGAAACAUUGGUCGAACUGAAUUGUUCACCACCCAUGUCUCCUGUUCUCCAUCGGUCGAUGAACUUUUACUGCUUUGCCCGAAGACACCUUCAUGU